AUGGCCGACUCAACCAAUACCAAUCUGGACCCCGCAGCGGUCGCUGACUUUCACGACGCCCUCAAAAAGUCAAAGCGCAUUAUCGCCGUCAUUGGAGCUGGUCUGUCAGCAUCUUCGGGCCUUGCAGUCUUUAGAGGAACCAGCGGGUUAUGGAAGAGCCAGGACGUGACGCAGGUCGCCUCGCCUGCUGGCUUCCGUCAUGACCCUGGCCUUGUCUGGCAAUUCUAUUCAUAUCGUCGACAGGAAGCUCUCCGUGCAAAGCCGAACCCGGCUCAUUACGCCCUGGCUGACCUCGCUCGUCAAGUACCAGGUUUCGUUGCCCUGACGCAGAAUGUCGACAACCUGAGUCCCCGUGCGGGACACCCACCUGGCCAGAUGAAGGAACUCCAUGGCAACCUAUUCACCUUGUCAUGCAUCGACAAGAUCGGAUGCGGGUACGUAGAGCGUGGCAACUUUGAAGAAUGUCUUACACCCGCUCUCGACCCCUCCAAGGACGAGAAAGAGACCAUGGGGAGCAUCGAUCCCGAUAAUAAGCCAAGAGCAAGCCCUCUUCUACUUGCAGGCAUUGCUCGGAAGCAUGCUCAGAUUCUUGGUGACAAGUACGAGGCCAACACCCCGACCACAAGAGAUCUGGCCGCUCUCAAACACCCGGAAGAAGCUGCGGCCGAUCCAGUCGCUCAAGUUCGUUUGUCAUCAGGCCUGACAAAAGAGGAUCUCCCGCAAUGCCCCAAGUGCAAGGCCAAUAUCCUCCGACCUGAUGUAGUCUGGUUCGGCGAGCCCCUACCUCUCCAAAUCGUGAAUGAGACAGAGGCUCUAUUCGAAGACUCUGAUCCAAUCGAUCUCUGCCUCAAUAUCGGAACCUCCAACAGGGUCUGGCCGGCAGCUGGAUAUGCCGCCAUGGCCCGCAACAAGGGUGCAAGGGUGGCCUAUAUCAACACGCGUGCGGAGGAUGCCAAGAGUGUCGUCCCAGACAAAGAUUGGAUCUUUGUUGGUGAUGCAGCGGUUGUUCUGCCUGAGCUUCUGAAGCCUAUCAUUGGAGAAGCACAAAAGUGGGAUGGCAAGACGGCUUGA